GUCAGAUCUCAGUUAGCCGAGCAUGUGAGUAAGCGUUUCAGUGAUGCAUGCUUGAGCCGCUUCUCGGACUCCACUGAAACUGAGCUCCGAAGCGUCACCCACUGUUAAACUCAUCGCCACCAUGGAUGCCACAUCACGUCAUCAGAUACUAAACGGUUACUCCAAUGGUUCCAUCGAGGACCCUCCACCUUCACAACGUCCCAGUGAUAGCUGCCUCACCGGCAACCCGGCACGGGUACUGGAAUUCCGGGACACCAGACAGCAUUCCUUCAUCCAUGGAGUAAUUACUCGGCGCGACCAGACCACUGUAAACCCAACUGACCACUUGCAUUCGGUGAUCAGCGCACUAAAUGUGGUUGCGUCGCGCUACCUGGAUCAUGGAGGUACCAGAAACUCAUCGUUUCAGGGAAUUCAUUCGGCGGACCACACGCGAACACUCGAAUUGCUGAGUAGCACACUCUUCUCGUUGAGUUCUUUGAGUCCGACAGGUGUAAGCAGUUCAGCGACCUUGUCAACCAAUGAUCAUGUGAAAAGCCUGACACACUCCCACUUGAAUGGAGCGUCACGUCAAUUUGAGACUAGAAAGACGGAAUCUCCAUUACAGUCCUCUGCAGAAACGUGCAGUCGAAAACGAUCGAACGAGUUUUCGCCUCAUUCGCAUUUCAUUUUUUCACCUCUAAGUGUGCGGUCUCCGAAUCAAAGCCCUUGGUCACCCCCAAUAGAGUCCGAUGACCAUUGCUACAGCUCGGAGGAUGUAAACUUCUCCAGCAGGCGUCUCGGUCACACAACUGCGCACAGUCGGGCAGGACUAACGCCUUCUCUUGAUCGUCAAAUCCACACGCAAGUGACACCAAAGGUAAAGGAGGUGCUAACUGUUGAACUGGUUGAUGCGGAUUUGUGGCGGAGUUUUCACAGAAUGACCACGGAGAUGGUGAUCACCAAAUCUGGACGACGGAUGUUCCCCUCCUUCAAGGUCAAGGUGCGCGGACUCGAUCCGACCGUCAAGUACAUCGUGCUACUGGACUUAGUAGCGCGAGAUGAGCACCGGUAUAAAUUUCACAAUGGCAAGUGGAUUGUAGCCGGAAAGGCGGACCCCGACCCUGUUGUACGAAAGCACCACAUCCAUCCGGAUUCACCAGCUACCGGAGAGGAAUGGAUGCAGAAGUCGAUAUCAUUUCACAAACUGAAGCUGACCAACAAUGUGGCCGAAUGUCAGCCAUUUCAAGCCGUUCUCAACUCCAUGCACAAAUACGUUCCCCGGGUCCACAUCGUGAGAGCUGAUCACUUGGCCAAUAUCAAUUUCUCUGAUUUCUCCACCUUUGUGUUCGACGAGACCGAAUUCAUUGCCGUCACUGCAUAUCAAAAUGAGAAGAUAACGCAACUCAAGAUAGACAACAAUCCAUUUGCCAAAGGGUUCCGUGACAAUGUGACUGGACGUCGGGAGAAAAAGCGUCAGCACAUUCAAUGUCACGGUCGAACACCUCCAUUGUCUCCAUCCAAACAACACCGGGCUCCUGAUCGGAUUCGAGUUUCACAAGAGCAAUCAGAAGAAGCGUUCCGAGCCACUCAACAUGCGAUGAAACAAAUUCACGCUAGGACUUCACAUGCCUACGCAAGCAUGAAUCAGCCCAGCUCGCACGCGAACUCGGGACAGUCCACUGAGGGUGCUUCGGCACCGCUGUCGGAAAGAGGCCAGAUUUACCCUCCAUCCGAGGAGAUCCCUCCUGAUUCACAUAACCAAAUACAUCACCUUAUUCAUCGGCACGAUGGCCUAUAUACUACUCCUCAAGGCACUGGAACGCAGCACACAGUUCAUCAGUACGCCGACCCAUGUCCUGUUGCUGCUGGUGACACUUGUACAUUACGCGGUUUCUUACCUCCUUGGGGCGAUAUUCAACCCGGAACACGAAAUUCACCUCCAGCGGGACAGAAAAUCUUGGAAGUGCCACAUGAAGGUUAUCCUGCACCCCACUCCUCCCCCUUUCCCUCGUUGUGGAAAUCUUGGAAACGAAGGUUGUAUACCAGUGGCUUUACCAUGCCGGAAACUUUGACUUUGUCGGCCUUGAGGGAACAACCGGUUGGUCAUCGGUGUGGGACCCACCGGAUUGUGAAAGGCUCUACAGAAAGCAUUGAUCUGUCAGGGUCACAGUCUGAUCUGAAGGAUUUGGAUAAAAUGUCCGUUCAAAGGAUUGAAAACGAGCUAUCAGUUGGUGACCGCUGGCAAACACACUCCAUGGAAACGCAUAAAAUCGGUAUUAGAAGACGACUAUCCCCUUCUGAUGCUGCAGACCAAGCCUACCCUCCAAAAAGGAGCUUCGACAUCAGCUGUCUUUUGGGCAUGGACGCAGAUGAACGGGAGUACACUCCGUCCCCAAGGGGGUAGCGGAGACACCGCAUAAGAAAGCUGCACGUACCACUGAAACAACAUAUUCCGCCCCAAAAUCUCAACCUGUGAUGCCUGUACCAUAUUAUCAGUGGAAGUUUUUGUCGCUGUCGACUAAUGCCUUGGAUGUAUUCCGCACCAUUCCAGAUGUACAUAUUU